AUAUUUUGCUAACAGACGCGCACAGAGACGGGCGACAUAAUAAAAACCUCACUUUGGUGAAAACACCUCCCGCGCAUGCGCAAACACGUUGUUGUCAGUCAUGGCGCUGCGCAUAGGAGCCGUGCGUUUAAACCUGCUGCUAAAUAGCCGCUGUUUGCACAAAUUCGCCUCGUUUGUGGGCGUCCGGUCGCUGUCUGAAAAAGUGUCUUCUAAACCCGCCACGUCCAGACCCUCAGACACCACAAGUGACCAUUUAAUCUACACACAAGAGCACUUUGCGCUGAAGGAGGCCCUCAGAAAGCUCAUCGACCAGGAAAUUAACCCUUACGUUGACAAGUGGGAAGCAGAGGGGACAUUUCCAGCCCACAAGAUCUUCAAGAUCUUGGGAAAUGCUGGCUUUCUUGGAGUCAGCAAGCCAGUUGAAUAUGGAGGUUUGGGACUUGACUUUAGCUACAGCGUCGCCGUGGCAGAAGAACUGGGCAGCAUCAGCUGUGGAGGCAUCCCCAUGGCCAUCGGGGUCCAAUCAGACAUGGCCACUCCAGCACUGGCCAGGUUUGGUUCAGAUGAGCUCAAGAAAGAGUUCCUGCUUCCUUCCAUCAUGGGGGAUAAAGUUGCCUGUCUCGGGGUUAGUGAAGUCGGAGCUGGCUCUGACGUCUCAAGCAUCAUGACCAAGGCAGAGAGGAAAGGGGAUGAAUAUGUGAUAAACGGAGGAAAGAUGUGGACCACCAACGGWACCCAGGCUGACUGGAUGUGCCUCCUUGCCAACACCAGUGACGGACCCCCUCACAAGAACAAAUCCCUCAUCUGUUUACCCAUGAACCUGCCAGGAGUUCAAGUUGCUCGUAAGAUCGAUAAAAUGGGGAUGUGGUCAUCUGACACGGCUGAAGUGUUUUUUGAUGAUGUCCGUGUGCCGUGUAAGAAUGUCAUUGGUGAGGAAGGCAUGGGCUUCACCUAUCAGAUGCUUCAGUUCCAGGAAGAACGGCUCUGGGCUGUGGCCAAUGUCAUCACCACAAUGGACAGCAUCAUUCAGGACACAAUCCAGUACACACGGCAGAGGAAGAUCUUCAAGCAGCCUGUUCUUUAUCACCAGACGGUUCACUUCAGGUUGGCUGAGCUUCAAACGGAGGUCGAGGCACUCCGCUCCCUCCUCUACCGCGCUACAGCAUUGUACAUUAAAGGCAAUGAUGUCACCAAGCUGGCCUCUAUGGCCAAACUAAAGGCAGGGCGUUUGGCGAGAGAGCUGAGUGACGGCUGUCUGCAGUUCUGGGGAGGAAUGGGCUACACCUCAGAUGUGCCGGUCAGCAGAUUUUACAGGGACUCCAGGUUGUUGUCYAUCGGUGCAGGAGCAGAUGAGGUGAUGCUCGGGAUCAUCUGUAAAUACAUGGACACGCUGCCAAGGAAGUGAUGUCAUCGAUGCCUACUCCUGAACUGAUUUCAAGACCGUCCAGAAAGCUCUGAUUAAAACAAAAAAUGAUCACAGAAGUGCAAUUCUCACAUUUUAWCUCUUUGACCUGUUGAAUAAGGUAGACUAUAUUGAUUUCUGGUCAUGUAAGAUAGAGACUUUAAGCACUUUUUGUUAUUUGCAUUAAUAAAGUGUUUAUAUUUUUAAAAAACUUUUUUUUAAAUUAAGUAAAACAAUGUACAACAGAUUAUUUUGUUUUGUGAAUCGUUAACAGUAAUAAACAAUGUAAAAGAUUUUCAACACAAUCCCUGCAUGUUAAUGGAACACACUAGCCAAUUCUGAACAUAAAAUUUGUUUAUUUACAUCAACAUUUUUACAAUAAGCUGGAACAGAGGAUGAUGAUGCUGUUAGCAUGAUCUAUUUAUUCUAUAACAAACAAAUACUCUGAAACUUUAAUCAGUUUUAGCACAUGUGCUGUGUGAAACUGUUCGUCAGCUGRUGAUCUGUAAGUUUCCUCUACAGCAUAAAGUUUUUAUUCAACCAUUA